AUGCUGAUGGCGCUCAACAACGUUUUCCGGAAAGCCUAUUGGACUCUAGCAGCAUGUGGAUUGGCGUAUGCUAUUUUCCUAGGUGCUUUGACGCAUCCGACGGUCCAGCGAAAUGCUAUGUACGCACAUAACAUCAAUCCUACUCAUUUUCAGGAUUUGAGCAACGUUGAGCAAUUCGGCUUCCUACGCCAUCAGGUCCAGCCCUUCACGGUUACAACUCCAGACAAUGUAACUCUGUUUGCGUGGCAUAUCCUGCCCCUUCAUCUAUAUCAUGAGCAUGAGCAGAGGUUGAAGGAGCAGAUUGAUUUCGGUGUCCAGCCGUAUCACCGUGCGGCACAGAGCGUUGGCAUCCAACUCCUUCUCAAUGACCCUGAGGCGACCGCCGUGGUGAGCUUCCACGGCAAUGCUGCCCACCUUGCUUCCUCUCACAGGCCUGUCACGUACCAGCAGUUGCUGGCAGUCUCAACUCCCAACAAGCCAGUCCACGUUAUUGCCUUUGACUACCGCGGAUUCGGGUUGAGCACGGGCUCUCCGACAGAGGAAGGAGUCAUUCAAGAUUCAGUAUCUUUGUUGUCUGCGUUAACAGGACAGUCCGAAAGCCUUGGAAGCUGUAGUACUGGCCCCACGAAAGGCAUACAGCCUUCGCAAAUCAUCCUUAUCGGGCAGUCUUUGGGAACAUUCGUGUCGACGGCACUUUACCACGAAUGGGUCCUGAACCUGGGGAGAGCACCAUUUAAAGCCUUGGUAUUGUAUGCCAGUUUCACGUCAUUGCCAACGUUGCUCGACUCCUAUUCAAUCAAAGGUCUCACACCUCCCCUACUAUCUCCAUUACUGGCAUAUCCUCGGCUACAGACGUGGUUACUCUCCCAGAUUGUGGACAAAUGGGAAACGAGCAAAAAAUUGGUCGAGUUGGUCGAAAACACGUCGGUUCGGCUGGAAUUGGUCAUGAUGCACGCUCGUGAUGACUGGGAGAUUCCCUGGCGAGAAGGGCGGGCGAGUUGGGAUCGCGUUCUGCACGCCGCAUCGAAAGGUGAGAUCGUUUUCGACCGCAACCUGGACCUUGAAGAGUGGAGGAGUGCGGACGGCCAGAAACACCUACGGUGGGAAAGAGUUCGUCACGGUGGCCAUAACCGGGUGGUGUCAAGUGAGCAUGCCAAACUGGCAUUAUUACGUCUCAUAGAAUAA